AUGUCGGCUGCCAUGGACGCCGAUGCGAGUCCUUAUGAGGAGCCCUUGUUCGGUGGCACGCCUUUCCGGGAUACGCACGGCGAGGACCAAACAACGCACGAUGACGACUCCCGCGUAUUCUAUUCGCUCCUGAAUGUCGACAAAGAUGCGACCGAGGAGCAGAUACGUGAUGCAUACAAGACGCUGGCUGUGGCCUUCCAUCCCGACAAACAUCCUGACCCGAAGCAUAAGGAAAUGGCCGAAAACACUUUCCGGGAUAUCCAGAAGGCAUACGAAGUGCUGAGUGACCCUGAGCGCCGUGCAGUGUAUGACCACUUUGGUGAAGAGGGUCUGCAAUCUUCUUGGUCUGUGGCCGUUCGCGGGCAGUCGCCUGCCGAAAUGCGUGCUGAAUUUGAGCGCCAGUCGCGCCUGCGCCAGGCCGCCGAUGCCGAGAGCCUCGUCAAGUCGCGCGGCGAAUUCAGCGCGACUAUCAAUGCCUCUUCGCUCUUCGCACCCAACCCCACUGUGGUGAAUCCGCUGCGCCCACGCCGCGCACCGCUGACCUUCUCGGACCGCCUUGAGCGCGUGGAUUGCACGCAGCUUAUGGGCAAGCACGGAUUCGACAUGCAGACAUCGAGCAGCACCGUCGUAUCUGUCUCGGGACAGAUGCUCAGCCGUGGCAACAUGGGCGGUGGAAACCUUAUUGGCACAGUAAAGACUCAAUGGAGUCCCCACUUCUUCUCCGAGAUUAGCGCUACGAUGCUAAAGCCCCAUGUUCUCACCUCCAAAGGACAGUAUACCGUGGACGACAACCUGUUCUUUACCAAGUCGUCGCUGACCGGAUUCUCGUCAUACAAGACGGGAGCAUAUACCAUUGGAGACUGGGGUAUGGGCAAGGACGGAAACCCCGUGGUUGAUGAUACGGGUGCGCUCAUUGUGGGUGUGACCAAGCAAGAGCCCACGGGUCCGGGAUGGACGUUCCAAACGACCAUGUCUGAGGUGGACCUGUCCUUUGGAUACGACUGGAACAUGCGCGUAUUGGGAGGCGUCAUGGUGCGCAGCGGUAUUGUACUUGGAACGGGCAACGGCUUCUCCGUUUUCACGAAUGGCGAGCGCCGUAUUACGGAGAACAUCCGUUUGAUGCUCGGAAUGGAGUGCGGCCUGCUCACCGGUGUGAUGUUCAAGGUGCGUGUAUCGCGCCUUGGCCAGCGCAUUGUGGUUCCCAUUCUUCUGUCGCCCAAUUUCCGCACGGAUCUUGCGGGUGCGGCGACCCUACUCCCGGCCGCUGCAAUCGCCUUGUCGCACUACUUCUAUUUCGUUCCGAAGAAGCAGCGCAUGAUUGCGGAGCGCGUGGCAAAGCUGCGCAAGGAGAACAUGGGCGUUAUUGAGCAGCGCCGUGCGUCCGCCGAGCAGACGCGUGAACUCUUGCGUGGCCAGGCGCUGAAGCGCGCCGAGUCCGAAUUUUCUAAGAGCGGUGUGGUCAUCAUUCAAAGCUACUACGGCAACAAGGCCAAGUUCCCAGCGCCGAUGGAUCUUGCUGCCAGUGUCCUUACCAACAAAGAAGAUCUCAUGAAGAUCGUCAGCCGAGACCCCGAGAUGCCCCUCGAUACCUUGUCGGAGAACCAGCCCAUGUGGUGGGACGUGCGCGUCGCGCUCCAGAUGCUUGUGAACCAGAGCCAGCUUGUCAUUCCCGCUGGGCGAUCCAAGUCCAAGCUCGUUGGUUUCUUUGACCCUUGCAUCGGUGAAAAGAAGUCUCUAUUUAUCCGCUACGUCUUCCGUGGUCACCUACACGAGGUUGUGGUGGCCGACCUCGAUGCUGUCGCGCUUCCCAUGCGCAGCCAGCAAUUGUGA